AUUGUCUUGGAGAAAACCUUACUCUUUCAUGGAACUUAAGAGCAUGGAAUUUGGGAAGAUUGACUACAAUUUCGCAUUUUCGGAAACUUCCUUAUCCUUUGAGGAAUCAUCAUUGUCAGAAGAUUCACUAGAUGAAUCUCUUUCUCGACCUCUCACUAGUGAUGAGUUGAAGUCACUGCUCAUUGAUACAGAGAGAUCAAAGCUUGUUAAAAAAUUGAGUGAAGCUAAUCAACAGAAUCGGUUCCUCAAGCGCCAGCUUAAAACACAGGAAGAUGAGAUAACUAACAUCAAAAGUGAGCUUGCACUUAUGGAGCUCGAAGUUCAGGCUCUGGUCAAACUAGCGGAAGAAAUAGCAAACCACGGUAUUCCAGAAGGUUCUAGAAAAAUCAGCGGAAAGUACAUUCAGUCACACCUUCUCUCUCGUUUAGACGCUGUUCAAAAAAAGUUGAAGGAACAAAUAAAAGAUGUUGAGGCUGCACAGUCGAAGGAGGUUCAUGUGUUCUGGAUUGGCAUGGCAGAGAGUGUGCAAGUAAUGGGAUCAUUCGAUGGAUGGAGCCAACGUGAGGAUCUAUCCCCUGAGUACACAGCUCUAUUCACCAAAUUCUCCACCACUUUAUUCCUUCGUCCCGGGCGGUACGAGAUGAAGUUCUUAGUGGAUGGAGAAUGGCAGAUCUCACCUGAGUUUCCUACUUCGGGAGAAGGAAUGAUGGAGAACAAUGUUUUAGUGGUGGAAUAGCCACUCAUCUUUCUGCAUUACACAUUUAGCUUCAUACAGUAGUCAUUUGGCUUUCUUAGCUUAUGUUCACUCAAUAGUGUUCCAAUCGAUUCUUCGCAUCUCUCAAAAGUUCUCUUGGUUUUGAUUUUGUUUCAUUGUUAUUUUGGCAUUAGCUUUGAAUCCACAGAGAGACAUUAUCGUCAAUAGACUCUGCUCCAUUCAGUGUGUUCGGGUUAAGAGACGAUGAAAUAAACUAGGAGAUGACCGGGUUUUGGUUAACAAAUUUGAUUCAGUUAU